UGUCAAAUGUCCUUAUUGAGUGGUUAGAGAGUUUGGCGAAAAAGUAGAUAAAUUAGAUUAAAGAAAAAAGAAUUACUAGAAAAUGACUCCACCGGUCGUUUUGGCAGCUACUGCAAAACAUUCCGCUACGCUAAUUUUCCUACACGGAUUGGGCGAUACUGGACAAGGAUGGGCUCAAGCCAUGAAUUCUGUCAGGGAACCUUUCGUUAAAGUCAUUUGUCCAACAGCACAUACUAUACCGGUGACGCUGAAUGCCGGUUUUAGGAUGCCCUCCUGGUUCGAUCUAAAAACGCUCGAUGAAUCCGGCCCAGAGGAUGAGGAAGGAAUUAGAAAUGCAACUGUAUUUGUACACAACCUGAUUAAUAAGGAGAUUAGCGGUGGCAUUCCAUCGGACAGGAUUAUGUUGGGAGGCUUUUCACAAGGUGCCGCGCUGGCACUUUACUCGGCAAUGACUUUCACACACAGACUGGCCGGUGUCGUAGCUCUUUCCGGGUGGUUACCACUGCGAAAACACUUCCCGGAAGGUAAAAAAUGCCCAGAUGGUGUUCCGAUACUGCAAUGUCAUGGCGAUUGUGACCCGGUGGUGCCAUACAAAUGGGGCCAAAUGACAGCGUCCGCGUUGAAAGCGCUCACGACCAACUCCGAUUUCAAGUCCUACCGGGGCCUGAUGCACAACUCAAACGACGAAGAGUUGCGCGACAUCAAAGCUUUCAUCAGCAAGCACCUGCCUAGUCAAUAAUGUUCAAUUUGUUCCCUUUAAAAUUUAUUAAAUCGGCACUAGUAAGCGUGUAAGUAAAGGUCUUUCAUUUUCUUAAUGUACAUUACAUUGGAACCUUUGGUAUUACAACAGCAAAAUAAAACACUAAUUCACCACAAUACACCAAAACACUUUACUUCUAAACAAUGAACGCGCGUUUCGCUAUCUUUAGCAUCGCCAGCAGAUGAUUAAAACCAAAUAUAUUGCUAGUACUGCAUUUACACAAUGAGUGGAAAGUAAAGCCAAAGAGAGGAAAUAGGGAUAUCAAUCUUGCAUAAGUCCCCUUUU